UGCUCUUCAGUGCUGCUGGAGGUCGUGUCUGUGCUGCGUGUCUCCAUCCUGCUGCGUGUCUCCAUCCUGCUGCGUGUCUCCGUCCUGCUGCGUGUCUCCGUCCUGCUGCGUGUCUCCGUCCUGCUGCAGUGCUCCGUCGCUGCAUUUAUUAGACAGUGUUAGCAGAGAGUCACAUCUUCGUCAUGCAGCGCAUCUACACUCACAGCAACGCUCACUUUGAAGUCUUCACCACCGUCCUCCAGCCUCAAGGGAGGCAGCGAUGCAGAGCCGAGGCUGAGAAGAUGGUGGUGCUGCACAGCUAUUCUCCCCAGUGGCCCGACGAGCUGCAGCUGAGGAUGGGGGAGGUGGUGCUGGUUCUGCCCCGACCCGAGGAGCAGAGGUGGUUUGGGCGUCUGCAGGACGGCCGGCAGGGCUUCCUACCCUCCUCCUGCGUGGUGGAGCUCAGCCAGGUGCGAGCUCUGCAGAGGAGUUUCUCUGUGAGGAGCAAUGACUCCGGAGUGAGCAGACAGAGUGGACACAUUGCUGGGGCCCCGGUGGGGGGUAGCAGUGGAGGUCUGGACGGGGGCCAAGGUGAGAGCAGGGGCCCCCAGCGCUCCCCCAGUCUGCUGCACAGGAUCCUGUCUAAGGUCCGCCGGAGGAGCCAGUGCCAGGGAGCCACCAACGGGGCCUUCCAGGGAGACUAGGGGCCCCUCUGUGUGUGUGGGGGCUGGGAUUCAUUACCAUACAUGCAUUUCUAGAGGAGCGUGUGAAGCUAGAAAUUAUGUCGCAGAAGGUGUUUUACCCACAGUGCUGCAGAAAAAUCCAGAAAUGAGUCAGCAUAAUGAGUCCUUAAAUCCAGAAAUGAGUCAGCAUUAUGAGUCCUUAAAUCUAGAAAUGAGUCAUCAUAAUAAGUCCUAAAAGCUGUAGAAUGAGUCAGCAUAAUGAGUCCUUGAAUCCAGAAAUGAGUCAGCAUAAUGAGUCCUUGAAUCCAGAAAUGAGUCAGCAUAAUAAGUCCUAAAAGCUGUAGAAUGAGUCAGCAUAAUGAGUCCUUGAAUCCAGAAAUGAGUCAGCAUAAUGAGUCCUUAAAUCUAGAAAUGAGUCAUCAUAAUAAGUCCUAAAAGCUGUAGAAUGAGUCAGCAUAAUGAGUCCUUGAAUCCAGAAAUGAGUCAGCAUUAUGAGUCCUUAAAUCUAGAAAUGAGUCAUCAUAAUAAGUCCUAAAAGCUGUAGAAUGAGUCAGCAUAAUGAGUCCUUGAAUCCAGAAAUGAGUCAGCAUUAUGAGUCCUUGAAUCUAGAAAUGAGUCAUCAUAAUAAGUCCUAAAAGCUGUAGAAUGAGUCAGCAUAAUGAGUCCUUGAAUCCAGAAAUGAGUCAGCAUUAUGAGUCCUUAAAUCUAGAAAUGAGUCAUCAUAAUAAGUCCUAAAAGCUGUAGAAUGAGUCAGCAUAAUGAGUCCUUGAAUCCAGAAAUGAGUCAGCAUUAUGAGUCCUUAAAUCUAGAAAUGAGUCAUCAUAAUAAGUCCUAAAAGCUGUAGAAUGAGUCAGCAUAAUGAGUCCUUGAAUCCAGAAAUGAGUCAGCAUAAUGAGUCCUUGAAUCCAGAAAUGAGUCAGCAUAAUGAGUCCUUGAAUCCAGAAAUGAGUCAGCAUAAUGAGUCCUUGAAUCCAGAAAUGAGUCAGCAUUGUGAGUCCUUAAACCCUGCUUUCUGUGCAUUCGAUGCCUGAGUUAAGAUCAGUGUGUAGUUCAAUCGUUAGCUUAUUUGAUGUAUCCAAUAUGCAGAAAUACCUCAUCAUCUCUGCAGCGCUAUUGGACGAUACCUGCUAUGACAUCACUGAGGGGCGUGUCCACCAGUGCAAUACCUUUGAAUGUACAGAUCUGGUGCCAGGCUUCAGCUUUACUAAUAUAACCAAAAUAUAAGAGCAGCAGUCACUGUGUGAAGUAUAACCUCAGUCCUAAUCGAUGCAGCAAUAGGAGGACUGAAGGAGACCCUACCCCCAAAAUGACUCUCCUGAUGUUACCUUGAAUCCUUCCCUCUCAAAGAUUGAACCACAGAAAAGUCUUGAUGAGUUUAGGUUGUGUGAGAGUUUGUUUACAGACUGGUUUGCUGUCAAACGAGACCCAGUUCUCUCAGAUUCAUCAAGACGUUCCUCUGUUUUCUACUCUGCGUUCACCGUGGGAACAUCAUGCUUUUGUUUUCAAGGUUUGAAGGUAACAUGGGCGGGGGGGAAAUGAUGUACAAAUGAUCAUUUUGUGGGUUAAAUGUUCCUCUCACUGAAAUGCUAUUUUGCACAUCAUCAUCAUCAUCAUCAUCAUCAUCAUCAUCAUCAUCUCUGAACUUCCUGUGAAUGUAAU